UUCAAUAUCAUUCAUAGAACAACAACUGUAACUUCUGUUUCUCCUUCUUCAUUUGGUUCUGCAUCAUAAAUAUGUUGGCGGUGACCGGAAACGGAAAGGAAUCUCAACCAUCCACCACCACCUCCUCCUCCUCCUCCAUAGAAUGGUUACAACCAUGUCGUCACUUUAAAUUUUCUGAGAUUCUCAUAGCAACCGAUAAAUUCAAUGAAUCAUUAGUAAUUGGGCAUGGGGGAUUUGGAAAAGUUUACAAAGGAAACAUUAUCAACGGAUCAAGUGUCACCAUUGCUGCCAUUAAACGACUGGAUUCCAUGUCGUCUCAAGGAGCAACAGAGUUUCGGGCAGAAGUUGAGAUGCUUUCCAAGUUACGCCACUGUCACCUUGUGUCUUUGCUUGGCUACUGUAAUCAUGAAAAAGAGAUGAUCCUGAUCUAUGAAUAUAUGCCCAAUGGAACACUCGAAGACCACCUCCAUAAACUCCAUACCCCUCUUUCAUGGCUUCAGAGACUCAAGAUCUGUAUAGGUACUGCUCGUGGGUUAGACUACCUCCACACUGGAACUGGGAUUGAGUUUGGUGUUAUACAUCGUGAUGUCAAGAGCUCAAAUAUUUUGUUACAUGAAAGUUGGGAAGCUAAAAUUUCAGACUUUGGGUUGUCAAGAAUAGGUGGAAAGAAUCAGCCAACUACUUGUGUGAACACACUUGUUAAAGGCACUUUUGGGUACCUCGAUCCAAAUUAUUUCUCAACGGGAAAGCUGACUAGGAAGUCUGACGUGUAUGCUUUUGGGGUGGUGUUGUUGGAAGUGUUGUGUCGAAAGCGUGCAGUUGAUAGAAGACUUGAUGAGGAGCAGUGGGGUUUAGUGACAUGGGCUCAAGAAUCUAUCAAAGAAGGAAAUUUGAAUAAUAUAAUUGAUUCUGGCAUAAAGGCUCAAAUAUCCUCGAAAUGUUUGAAGGAGUUUGUUCGAAUUGUAGAGAGAUGUUUGCUCAACAAUCCAAAACAGCGCCCUACAAUGGCUGAAGUUGUGGUCACUCUUGAUUCUAUACAAAACUUACAACAGAAAAUUGAUAGUUCCUCACAGACUAGCAAAACAAUAUUUGGAAGAAUGCUAGAUGUCUUUCCCUUCAAUGCCCAUGAUGAUUCAAAGCUAUCAAGUAAUAAUAGCAAGGGCAAAAUUAGAAGUGACGGUGAUAAUGUAAAGGAUGAAGAAAAAUGUUUCACAAUUCCUAUUCCAAGUUUGAAAAUAUUUAAGUUUGGCGAUUUGGAAAGGACUACAAGCAACUUUAGUCAAGAGUGGCUCAUCGAUAGGGAUGGUUUUGGUGAGGUGUUCACAGGUUGGGUUGACGAUAAAACAUUUGCCCCAUCAGCAAGGUGUGUUGGAAUUCUUGUUGCUGUUAAAAGGUACUAUAAAGUUCUUCCAGAAUCAGAGACACUAGUGACAACACUAGUGACAGGCAUUGGAAGGUUGCCUCAUCUAAAUAUUAUUAGUCUCAUGGGAUACUGCAAUGAUAAGAAGAAAAAUUGCUUGCUUGUUUACGACUACACCCACAUUCUUAAGCUAAAUCUUAGUCACUUCUUAUUUGGAGAUGUUACCAAACCACUUUCAUGGAUAACACGUCUUAGGAUAAUGAUAGGAGUAGCUCGUGGACUCGCUUAUCUACACUCGUCAAAGGAGCAAGUUAUUCACGGUGGUAUUAAAACCUUUAAUAUAUUGUUGGAUAAGAAUUUUAAUGCAAAGUUGGGGCAUUUUGGUUUGGCUAAAGGUCGGCCUAAAUUCUCUGAAUCAGAUACAAGUACACGUGACAUGGAUACCUUACGUUAUUUCGACCAAGAGGAUCGACUUAAUGGUAUAUGCUACAUAUUUAUAAAUUCUGGAUGAAGUUUGUAUUUUCAAAAGGACGAUGGUUAUUUUUUCCUACAAAUAUAAUCAAGUGUAGUGGUUCAAAAAAAAUAAUGUCUCUAUUUUAUGAUUAAUAUAAAUAUUGAACUUCACUGUUAGAGGUCACUUGACAAUUACGGGUGACAUUUAUAGUUUCGGAGUGGUGUUGUGGGAAACCCUGACAGGCCAGCGGGCAUGGGAACCGCAAUCGCUCUUUUCUACAUUCACUUUAGUAGAAUGGGCAAGUCCAUUUCUAGAAGACAAACAAAAGCUAAAAGAUAUAAUAGAUCCAUGUCUUAAAAAUAAUUAUCCUCUAGAUGGUGCUUUCCAUUGUCUUGCACUAGCA